UACAUGGAUGAGCGCGAAUGGCUUGCUGCACACAUGUAUAUUUUGAGCAAUUGUGCAGAGGUUGCAGAGACAUAUAGCAAGUGAGUAUUCUCGUUCAAUUUACGUAUAAGAAGUGUUCAUCAUAUAUAGGUGUUAACAUAUUUAUUUGAUUCUUUGUAUCCAAGGAUCUUCGAGGAGGAAAAACGAUAUGCAAAUCCUUACAUGACUGAUGCAGAGUUUGAAGUCGCGUUUCACAACGAGUUUAUUAUGUGGUUUAACCAUUACGUUUGUCGUCCUUGUAACGACGAGUUGAACCCUUAUAUUAGAUCGCUUGCAGCUGGACCAUUAAGGGAGAUUGAAACAUACUCCGGCUAUUUCGUGAAUGGCUACAGGUUUCACACAACUGAUCAUGAUAGAGAGAGUGCGACUGUGAACAGUGGCGUUUGCAUAAAAGGCUCGGUCUAUGGUAGUGAUAGAGAUGUGCUAGACUUUUAUGGGCGUCUGCAAGAGGUUUGCGUGCUGGAGUAUCCGGGGUAUCCAAUUAAGCAGACAGUCUUGUUCAACUGUGAAUGGUUUGACUUGUCGGCUCAGGGAACUUCUAUUGAUACAGACUUCAAGUUAGUUUCACUGAACCACACACGAAGAUAUAAGAAGUAUGAUCCCUUUGUUUUGGCGAGUCAAGUAGUUCAAGUGUUUUACUGUCCCUAUCCCAGUACGAACCAAUCAAAGAAAAAUUGGUGGUCAGCAUGCAAAGUCAACGCAAGAUCAAAGGUUGAAGUGUCUACUGCAGCAUCUACAUCAACAUUAGAUCAACCAUUUCAAGAAGAAGUGGUUACUAUUAUGCCUACUCACACAAGUGUAGGCAUUGAACAACCACUUCUCCUUCAUCCCCUCGGUGGAGUCGUUGAGAUUGAAGAUGACGAUGAAGCAGAAGACGAUGAUUCCCCGUUGACAUCUAACGAUAGUGAUGAUGAUAGUAGUGAUGCUUAUGAAUAAAUGUAAAUGCACAUUUUGGUUGAAUUUGAUUGCAAAUUUGUUAUGUUUGUUAGUUACUGUUAAUGUUAUGUUUCGCUAUAUAUUUGUUAAUUUAA